AUGAAUGAAUUUAUUAGCAUAAAAAGUUUAGAUAAAAUACUUUCACAAAGAUUUCCUUCAAAAUAGAAUUCUUAUACACCUAAAAGUAUGUUAACCCCAAAUACUUCUCCUAAUUCAAGAUUAAGAAUAUUAAGUCCAACAAAUAAAUUAGAUUCAACAGACAAAUUUAAUAAAACUUAAAAUAGUACCUAAUAAUUUCAAAAUAUGAUAAGAAGGGAUAUUUUAAAAAAGAAAAUGAAUCUAUUAACAGCUAAAUUACAAACAAAUAAGACUGAAAUUAUUAAAGAAGAUAAUACAUUCAGUGAUAGAUUACUUAUGAGCAACUUCGAAAACUUUGUUAAUGAAACUGAUCAAAAACUUUAGAAAAUCUGUCACUAGAUUAAUAAAUCACCAUAAAGUAUUUCAAAUUCUUAACCCAUAAUCCCUAUAUAAGAAGGAUAAAUAGAAAAUUUUGAAAAGAAAAUCAUUAAGUAUUAUGUAAUAUAAAUAUAGAACUAAAUAAAUCUUAUAGGAGAAGAGAUAAUUACUUAAAUAUGCAAAGUAAUAAUAUUAAUCUAAUAAAUAAUUAUUACAAUAAUUGAAAUUUGAACUAGAUUAAUUGAAUGAAGAUCAUAACCUUUUAGAAAUCAUUACAACUAAUAGAUCUUUAAAGAAUGAAAUAGUUAAUAAUAGACAGAGUAUUAUUAAACAUAAAUAAAUUAUAAUGAAGGUAGAUUAAUUCAUCAAAAAGUAUUUAAAAGAUUAAUUGUUGACUGAAGAUUGUGAAUUUGCACAUUAUAUAAGCAAAUUUAAUAACAUCUAUAUGUAAAUGCUAAUAACACUUGAAGAAUAAAUCUGA